GCCCUGCUAGGCAGUCGAUUCGGCAACAGCAAAAAAACAAAACAAACACACACAAAAAAAACAAGCGAUACGAAAUCCAAGCAUUCGGCUCGCAUCGAUUUUGUUUUGGCUGCUUUCACUCCACCGCACGUCCGCCUCGGGUCUAGAUUUGCAGACCCGCUCCUACUAACGUGCGUAAUGUAUGUAGAGAGGAAACACAGUAAAUAGACGGACACGUCCAUCUGCAAUAAAGAGGAAACGAAGAUGGUGAUGAUGGCUUCACCAAAUGUAGCCUCCAAAUGCUCGACAGCAAUGGCGAAGCCUUCCCUCCCCUUGAAGCUGUUUCUCUGGGUGUUUAUUGUCGUUAAUCUCCCUACAAGCUCCUUCCAGACUGAUGACGAUGAUGAAGUGUCUAACAAGACGUGGGUGCUGACUCCCAAAGUGUAUGAGAGUGACGUCACACACAUCCUAAACAGCCUACUAGAUGGAUAUGACAACAAACUCAGACCUGAUAUUGGAGUCAAGCCGACAGUGAUCCACACAGACAUGUUUGUCAACAGCAUUGGUCCAGUAAAUGCCAUCAAUAUGGAAUACACCAUCGACAUCUUUUUUGCUCAGACCUGGUACGACAGAAGGUUAAAAUUCAACAGCACGAUGAAGGUUCUGCGUCUCAACAGCAACAUGGUGGGGAAGAUCUGGAUCCCAGACACUUUUUUCCGCAACUCAAAGAAGGCCGAUGCUCACUGGAUCACCACACCCAAUCGCAUGCUUCGAAUCUGGAAUGAUGGUCGAAUACUCUAUACCCUCAGGUUGACCAUCGAUGCAGAGUGCCAGCUUAAACUGAACAACUUCCCAAUGGAUGAGCACUCAUGUCCCCUGGAGUUUUCAAGCUAUGGCUACCCCAGAGAGGAGAUUGUGUACAAGUGGAAAAGAAGCUCAGUGGAGGUUGGUGACAUUCGCUCCUGGAGGCUCUACCAGUUCUCCUUUGUGGGCCUGAGGAACACCUCUGAGGUUGUCAGGACUGUCUCAGGAGACUACGUGGUGCUGACCGUCUUCUUUGACCUGAGCAGGAGAAUGGGCUACUUCACCAUUCAGACCUACAUCCCAUGCACCCUGAUUGUUGUCCUCUCCUGGGUAUCGUUCUGGAUCAACAAGGAUGCAGUACCUGCCAGGACAUCAUUAGGUAUCACCACUGUGCUGACCAUGACCACGCUGAGUACAAUUGCCAGGAAAUCCCUUCCAAAAGUUUCCUAUGUGACUGCCAUGGACCUCUUUGUGUCUGUCUGCUUCAUCUUCGUCUUUGCAGCGCUUAUAGAGUAUGGCACGCUGCACUACUUUGUCAGCAACAGGAAGCCGAGUGCCAAAAAGGACAAGAAGAAGAAAAACCCGACACCCACGGUAGACAUCCGUCCACGCUCUGCCACAGCCAUUCAGAUGAACAACGCUACGCAUAUGCAGGAGCGAGACGAGGAGUACGGUUAUGAGUGUCUGGACGGGAAGGACUGCACCAGUUUCUUCUGCUGUUUCGAAGACUGCCGCUCCGGAGCCUGGCGGCACGGCAGGUUGCACAUCCGCAUCGCCAAGAUAGACUCGUAUGCACGCAUCUUCUUCCCCACUGCUUUUGGUCUUUUCAACCUGGUCUACUGGGUUUCCUAUCUAUAUCUCUAGGCCGGGGUGUGGAGCCAGCCUAAUCAUACAGUUCAUUACAUUCUACAUAUGCUCUGCGGCAGCAAGGGACAUUUUGAAGGAGGGGACCCACUGAAACACCCAACGAUAUGAUUCAAAGCAUUUCCUCUAAUUCCUUGGUUUUAAUCUCUCAUUUGAUAACUUUUACAGACAUUGCAAAUGUUGUAGCAUUACAUUUAACUGGUAUGAAGAGGUUUGUAGAUGUGUUGUGAAAGCAUCGAUUGUGUGAGCAAUUAACAAGAAUCUUAGUUUAGUUUUUGUGUUCAUGAUUUUAUUUUAGACCUUUUAUCUGGAAUUUCCUGUUAAUUUCUUCUCAAUGGGAUUUUUACCCAUUGCUUUAUUUUUAGACA